AUGUCCGACGUCCUGCCGACGCUCACGCGCGAAUGGGCGUCGCUCGGUGCGUCGCAUGCGCCGCGGAAUCAAGUAGAGAAAGACUCACCGCGGAUUCCUGCUGCGCUAAACACGUUCGCAUCUCUUGUGCUCCCGGAGAAAGACUUGUACAUGCGCGCCCAAGCGAGUGGCAGACAGGUGAACGUUUUGCUUGGCCGUGGCGAGGAGAUCCAGUGUUUACUUUUUGACCGCGUUCCAGGGACAAGGGACCUUUUGCAGCAUGCACGAGUGCGCAGCGUCGCUCUCGGCACGGACGCACACCACUCAGACACAAUUCUCCUCGCUGCGUCGUUUCAGCACCUUGUCGCUAUUUGGCGUCUAGUGCCCACGCAAAGAGGCACUUCGCGGCUUGCUCCUGCGUACGCUGGAUGGCACCUUGACUCUACAUUUCCGAUCCACGGCGAGCUCAUCACCUCUUUGGACAUUCUUAACGGCACGCUCGUAGUUGGCGGCACGAAUCAGUUGUCCGUGUGGGACCGCCAAAAAUCCGGCAUGUGGCACAAAGGUUUUUCUUACAGCGUGCGCCGCCCCGUGCUUUGUGCGCGAUGGUCGCCGGAUGGCUCGUACCUUGCCGCUGCGUUCUUGCGUGCGUGCAGGCUGGACCAUGCACGCCCCGUCCAGGACGUGUCGUGGCGCCAAGCGCGCCCUCAACACGAGCAGCACCCUGUGCUUGUUGUGCUUGCAGAGAAUUGCGCCGCGUACAUAUACUCUACUGUGGUAGACGAGCCGAUUGUGCUGCGCCAGUGGGCGGCAGUUGAUGCCUCCACCGACCCCGGCCUCGAAAGCACCAACCAGGUACUUGCUUUGCUGUAUUGUGAUGCGUACCGCCUUUCUAUUGCGCUACAGCACGAUAUCGACCGGCUUGCGUACCUGCUGCAAGUAGCGCUCACUGGCGUGCACGCCGAGCUUGAUACUGCAUUGCUUGCGGCACAGCAAAAGCGCCUGGAGCAGCUCCUUGCCCAAGCGCCGGAUCUGUUCUUUGCCAUGAUGGCCGACGGCUCACUUGGCGUGUACGCCUUGAUGAAUCUCGAGAGCAGCACGCCGAUGUUACUGAAUACGUACAUUAUGCUACGUCUUCCUUUUUGCAUUGCAAUCGACGGCGCACAGACGCCGCUUAUGCUCCAGUUUCUUCCGCUGCCGUACAAAAAAGGCGCGCAUGGGACUGCGCCUGUAUCUACGGGUAUAAUUCGCGCUCAGUCGGCAAACGGACUUCGUGGCAUGGCCACCGUAUCGCUGGCGCUUCUUUUUGAUGGCGAUCCGGAAGGUAUUCUUGUGCAAGAUUCCAUCAUUGUGAGCGAGGCAGUGCAUUGCACUGCGUCCACACGCGUGUCAUUUUUGCGCGUGGAGCACAAGGCAGACAUCCUUGGUCUGUAUGUCUCGCCUUCUGCACGCUCCAUGCUGAGUUUUUCCGCAGACGGUGUGCUGCUCGGGUGGCAUUUGCACGCACAUGGUCUUGUAUCGCAGCACAAAGUGCAGCUGCGCCGCGCGCGCUUGGCAUGCAUCCUUGGAAAAGAUUCGCGCAUAGCCGUGGUUGUUGGAAACCAACUUUCUCUUGUGCUUGCCGGUGCCGGCGAUGUGCAUUUUGCGCACGGCACCGACUCGCAAAUUACAGCAGAGCUUGCCAUGGAGUCUUGCGAUCUGCCAGGCGACGCUGUGCAAUGUCCGACGCGCGCAUUUGGCAGCUUUUCCCAAGGCGAGCACGCCAUAGUGCUUCUGACGGACGAAGCCGUUGUCUAUGUAUGGCACACAAAAACGCGCGGAGAAACGCGCAUUGAGCUUCAAGCGCCGCAGCGCACAGAGCUGUGCACACUGCACACUCUUGGACGAGUGCAGUGUGCCGCGCUAGUUUCGGCGAUGGAACUGCGUGUAGGAACCAGAGAUACGCUAUGCACGCUCGACGAGCACGGCGCACUUGACUUUUUUGCUUUGCACGCAAAAACGUGGCAGCACUGUAUCCGACUGUAUACCCAACGCAGCGCUGAGGCGCUUGCGGUGAGCACGCGUGGACAAGCAGCGCUGGCAGUGCACGACGCGAAGCAAUGGCACAUUUCUAUUUGGGAUGCCAAGCUUGCUACUUUUUGCAAUGCGUGUGUGUACGACGCAUCGUUUGACGGCGAGCGCGACCAAGUGCCGGCGCUUGCAUGGGGAUCGAGUCGAUCUGGCACGGUCCUCGCCGUAGCGAUUGGUGCACACAUCCGGCUCAUUGCGCGCACGUCGCUUCCGGGAAAGGCUGUGCAGUGGGCGCUGCUAGCAGAAGUGCAUUUAGGCGCCGGCGCAGCGCGCAUUGCGCACCUUGCAUGGCUCGAUGGACUGCGCUUGAUUGCCGCGUCGACGUGCCAGCUGUUCCUGUUCCAUGCGUUUGCGUCUGUACGCGAGGAUGCGUCGGAGGCAUUGGUGCCGCUCGACUUGAUGCUUGCGCAGCGCCAUGCGAUGCUUCCUGUACACCAUCCGAGCCUAUUGGCCUAUUGCCUCCAAUGCGGUUUGCUCCGCGCAGCGCAAGCGAUACUGCUGGCGCUCCACAAACGACUGGAUGCACCAGCAGAGCUGCCGAUGGACACAUUCCUACAGCAGCACGACGGCCCGAUGCACUUUGACAAGGAAAUGCUCGAUGCGGUGCGGCACACACUGCAAGACAAAAGCGCGGAGCACGGCACGAAUUUUGGGCUCCUUGACGCUGCCGAGGCGCUGUCUGAGCCCGUAGAUCUCCCUGGUCAGCAGUAUCUUGUCCUUCUCUAUCAGCACAGCGCCGCCAUUCUCAGCAGCGAUCCAUCGCAUGUUCCCACAGGCGCACUUGCGCUGUGGGCGUACCUGUCCGACGAGCAGUCCAUUCUUCUUGGACGUGCACGGGCCGUGUGUGAGAACAAGAUGCAGUGGGCUGCGCUUCGGGCCGCGGGCGUUUUUACGUGGUGUAGAGACCGCGCUUUGCUUGUGCCGCUCAUGGAGCAUGUCGCAAGAGCGUCGUAUACCAGCGCUGACAACGCGGACCCUGUACAAAGCACGCUCUUUUACCUUGCGCUAGGGCGCCUUUCGACUGUGCGAUCUAUGUGGCGCCGCGCUGUUGGGCAUCCCGACAAGGACCGAAUGACACGCUUGCUUGCGAAUGACUUUUCCGUCAAGCGCUGGCGCGUCGCCGCACAGAAAAAUGCAUUCGUGCUUAUGAGCCAGCGCCGGUUCCAGUUUGCCGCUGCGCUAUUCCUGCUGGGCGGCGCGACACGAGAUGCGGUGAAUGUGUGUGUACGCAACUUGCACGAUGUGUGGCUUGCGAUUGCAAUUGCACGCAUGCACGAAGCUGAUGACUAUGGCCCUGUAUUCUGCGCACUUUUGCGCCAGCACAUUGUCCCCAUGGCAAUUAACCAAGGCGACCGGUGGCUUGGAUGCUGGGCACUGUACGUGCUGAAAGAGUUUGAUACGCUGCUCCGCAUGAUACUUGCACCGAUGCACGACGUGCUUGUGCAUGCGGGCAAUGCGUUUGGGCACCUCGAGGACCGAGGCUUUGCGGGCUACAGCGAUGUCCAGGACCCAGCGCUUUUGCGCUUUUUUGCAUAUUGCAAAGGCCAAGCAUGGAUCGAGCAACAUACAGUAUCUGGCCAGCUCGAGACGCAGUUUGUGCUCUUUUGCAACGAUCGAUGGCGGGAGAUGGGGUGCGAUUAUAUCGGCGUCUCAGCAUUGGUUAACUGGCGUUACCGCGUGCAGGUUGAAGCGCACAGUGUGCAGCCGCCUGCUUCUGCCCAAAAACUCACAUCCCUCGUCGCGUCCAGCCCCAGUCCUUCUUCCGCAGCGCAAGGCGCGCAAGCGUUUGACCUCGGCGCGUUUGACUUUUGA